GUUAGUCAGACUUGAAAAUAACAUAUUACGAAUCAAUAUUGAAUAUACCUAAACAUCGUCAGUCUUUAACAAGAUCGCGACACUUCAACUGUCUCAACGUCCUGAUUAGAAUUAUUUAUUUGUUUAAAAAUACCGAUGUACAUUUAGUAAAAUACGCACGUUAAAAUGGAGCGGGAAAUAUACGCGUUAAUUCUUAUUUUUGUGUCGAUAAAUAUUAGUGGUGCUAUCAACGUUCCUAGACAUAAAAACACUGUCAACAAAUGUUGCCCUUUGGGUACUUACGUGGGCCCGGGGAAACUGUGUUACAAUUUUAACCGUACCUACAGCUUUUCCAGUUUGAAAGUAUACGAUGAGAACUAUUAUGAGAUAGAUGCGACUUUUGAUGAAGCAUUGACUUUAAAAUUUGGCAACUUAUCCGACGAGUUCUUUGAGAAUUCCGUCGAUGUGUCAAUUGAUGUGCUUGAUUUCAACCUAUACAUAAUGCAAAAUGGUGACUUAACUGUAGAGAUGCCAAACUUUUAUAACCGCUGGUUGCCAAUAAAAAGUGCCAACUAUUGCAUCGACUACCGCGUGAUGAAAAACGAAAAUCUAACAAGGAUAAGAUAUUGGGCAAUACUACCUGGAGAAGAAUUCGCCGAGAGUAAUAUGUUUCUAACGUAUGCAACGCUGGUGUCAUGUUUUUUCAUGCUGUUGGUGUUGAUAGUAUACUUCAUGCUGCCAGAGCUUCAGAACUUGUGUGGCAUGAUCUUAAUGGCGUAUGUCGCCAGUCUAUUCCUAGCCUUCUUACUGCUUGCCAUCAUUCAGAUAGAACAGCAUUCAACUGAAACCUGCAUUGGUCUGACGAUGGGUAUCUACUUCUUCUUCCUGGCCAGUUUCUGUUGGAUGAGCGUCAUGUCUUUCGACAUCUGGUGGACUUUCAGGGGUUACGCAAAAGCUCGUGCCAUACACAGACGCGGUGAACAUUUCAAGUUCUUGAUGUACUGCCUGUACGCCUGGGGCGUCCCUCUCGCCAUGACCGCCGGCUUGGCCAUCCUGAACAAGGUGGACAUGUCACACCUGCCCUGGGUCAUCACACCCCACGUGCCAAGUCAGGGAUGCUUCCUUGAAGGUGGUGUCAAGUUCUUGUACUUGUACAUUCCGAUGCUGAUCUUGAUCUUCUGCAACUGGGUGUUCUACCUCAUGACUGCAUUCAACGUGUGGCGCUUGAGUCGCGGAACAGCUGUGCUGGAUUCUGCUGCCGCGGGUAAUAAGCAGGCUCAUCGAACUCAUAGGAACAGGUUUAUGGUGUACCUAAAGCUCUCCAUCGUGAUGGGUCUGAACUGGGUGUUGGAGAUCAUCAGUUUCGUGUGGCCUGGCUUUAAAAUGUGGUACAUUACCGACACCUACAACAUCCUUAUUGGUUUAGCGAUCUUCCUCAUUUUCGUCUGCAAGAGGAAGAUAUUCAGGAUGCUCUUCAAGAGGUACGGGUGCCAUCGGAAUUUGUCGUGGUAUCCAUCUUCCAAGAGCUACACCAGCAGUGUUUCUGAUUCCAACCAGGAUUCCGCUACUCUUCAACUAAAGGUUCACUCAAAUCCAAGAGGUCGAAAUGGAUCAACCGCAAGUUCCAUAAAAAAUAGACUAGAAUAAUCCAACUAUUGAGGAAUAAUGAUAAAAGCUGAAUGAUUCUUUCCCCUUUUGGCUUUACAAUUUGUCUGCUGUCAAGUCGAAUUUCGGCUAAGAUAACCAAACUUGCCUGACUGAUUCUUUGUGACGUAUCAAAAGUUGAUGACAAGUAAAGCAUAAACUUACAAUUACUAAAUCAAAGAAAAAAUCAGGCCAACCCGCCUUAUCAAAGUCCUGCCUACAAAAAGUUGUAUGUCCAAAUUUUAUUUAGUCGUGUCUUCAUUUUACUUUUCUUUAACCCACCGAUACCUUCAAAUAUGGUCUCAAAGAGAAUUUCGAUCUUAAAUUUAUUGAAUAAGUCAUUAAUAUUACUGUUAUUCGAAACCAUAAACUAAAGAGACUAUUUUACCCAAAGAUAAAAUAUUAAACUUAUUGCCAUAUUAAUUUUAAGCAACGCAUUUAUUUGUAGACAGACUUAAAAGCCCUGUGAUCUUAUAGUAAGUCUGUCAGUUGCAAUUGUCGAAGGCGGACAUUACUUGCAACUGACUAAUACUGCUUCGAGAGCUGGUGGCUGACCUGUAGGAGGUGAAGUAAUGUAACCAGUAGACUAUAAAUUAAGGAUAUUACAUUUACGAAUUAUUUGUAAGCAUUAAAUUUAGAAAAUAGUAUUCUAAGUAUCUGCCUAUUGACGAAAUAGCUUUGCAGUGUGGGUUUUGUUGAUAGUAUUUUGGUUUUUUCGUCAGAAGAGGCCAAAAUACUACGAGUCAUAGUAAUGCUAAGCUCAUGGCUUUUGUGUCUUAGCUUUAAGUUAAUUGUUACUUAUAGAACGGUGUUUACGCCCAGGGACAAAGUUUAAACUAACUACGCUACUACUGCCCUUCUAACCAAGUGACGUUUCUACAAUCGUUAGCAAAGAACAAAUGAAAGAAAA